AUGGAUCAUUAUAAAAGAAAAAGAAAAUAUUGCACAAAUUGCAAAGAGGAAUUUUCUAACAGAUAUUUCAAAAGACAUUUGUGUAAAGAUAAUAAUGUAACAGAUGUGGAGGAAUCCAGAAAUUAUGAACCAAUUCCUGAACCAAUGGCUGAAGAAAUGCCAUCUACUUCCUCCAGAAAGGAAGACUAUUCACAAGCUGUGGACCCUGAACCUACGUUUGAAUCGGACAAUGUUCCGGAGGAUAUAUCUUCAGAUAGUGAAGAAGGCACUGAUAUAGAGGAUGAGGAGCUUGUUGAAAUGUUUAUGGGGGAGAGUGAAGGAGAAUCUGAGAUGCCUACAGAAACAGACAGAAACCGUGAAUAUGUACAAAUUAUUUUAAAAUUACUGUUUAGGUGGCAAGCAGUUUUUUUCAUUUCAGAUAUGGCCUUAUCAUUCAUUAUCAUGCUGAUCAAAUCAAUUUUUUAUCUUGGCUCAUUUUCUUCAUCAUUUAUUGCUGCUCUUUACAAAAGUUUUCCAUCAACAUUGUAUCAGGCAAAUAGUUCAGUACAUUUUAAAAAAGAUAAUUUCAAGAAAUAUGUUGUAUGUCCAAAAUGUUUUUCUCUGUAUGAUUUUUCCCAAUGUUUACAAAUUAUUGAGGGUAAAAAUGUGUCAAAAAAGUGUAACAAUGUUGUCCAACCAAACCAUAAAUUAGCCAAUUUCAGAAAGCCUUGUGGAGAAAUUCUUCUUAAAUCUGUAACAGUAAAUGGAAAGAUAACUUUUGUUGCUAAAAAAACAUACUGUUAUAAAAGUCUUAAAGAGAGUAUCCACAGGCUUGUAAAAAAGAAAGGUUUUGAAAACUUGUGUGAAAAGUGGCGUCAUCAAACUUACACUGAUGAUGUGUUGAGUGAUGUUUAUGAUGGAAAUGUUUGGAAAGAAUUCAAUGGUGAGAAGUUUAAUUUUUUUACAGAACCAAAUAAUUUUGGACUUAUGUUAAAUGUUGAUUGGUUUCAACCUUUUAAGUAUUCAAAUUACUCAGUAGGUGCUAUAUAUUUGUCAGUUUUAAAUUUGCCACGAGAAGAAAGAUUCAAAAGAAACAACAUUAUUUUGGUAGGAUUAAUACCCGACUGUAAAACUGAACCCCCAACAAAUACAUUUUUACAACCUCUUGUAGAUGAAUUGCAGGAAGCAUGGGUGGGGUACCAUUUAGAUAGUUAUACAUCUCCUUCAGAUCCUGUUAGUUUUAGGCUGGCACUUCUGUGUGUGGGUUGUGAUGUUCCAGCAAGCAGAAAGCUUUGUGGCUUUUUAGGUCACUCUGCUACUUUGGGAUGUAACAAGUGCAUGAAGCGUUUUGAAGGAGUUAUUGGUCAGAAAAAUUAUGGGGGGUUUAAUGUGAGGGAAUGGGUUGAACGUGAUAAAGAUUCUCAUAUGAAUAUGGUGAAGGAAAUUAUGAAGUCAAAAACCAAAACAAAAAAAGAAGAGCUAGAAAAAAAGUAUGGAGUCAGAUAUUCUGUACUCUUGGAGCUAGAGUACUUUGAUCCUAUUCGUAUGACAAUCAUUGACCCAAUGCAUAACUUGUUUUUAGGAACAGCAAAACGUAUGAUGACCCUAUGGAAAGAUAAAAAAGUACUCUUGCCCGAUCAUUUUGAAAAAAUACAAGAAAAGAUUUCAGGUGUGUAUUGUCCAUCAGAUAUAGGAAAGUUGCCCAAAAAAUUUGCAUCUAGCUAUGGUUCAUUCAAUGCUGAUCAGUGGAAAAACUGGACGAUAAUGUUUUCAGUGUAUGCACUUAAAGAUCUCCUUCCUAAUGAUCAUUUUGAUUACUGGAGAAAAUUUGUUCUUGCAUGUAAAUUUUUAUGUUCAAGAUCAUUGACGAAAAACCAUGUAAAAGUUGCACAUUUAUUGCUGAUUUCUUUUUGUGAAUCUGUUGAAAGAGCAUUUGGUGAUGAGGUCAUUACACCAAAUAUACAUUUACAUGCUCAUUUGGACAAAUGCCUGUAUGAUUUUGGUCCUGUGUAUGCAUUCUGGUUAUUCAGUUUUGAGAGAGAAAAUGGAAUUUUGGGUGCAUUUCCUACAAAUAACAGAUUUGUUGAGCUGCAACUCAUGCGAAAAUUUUUGAAAACUGUGCAUGUUGUUGAUAUUGAUUGUAAAGAAAAUAUUGGCCAAGAUUUUGGGCCUGAGUUUGAAAGAAUUGUUUCUAUGAUUGAUAGUAAAGAUAGGGGCACACUUGCUGAGAUGAAUAUGUGUCAAAAUAUCAGUUUGUCAAAAAUGUCCUCUAGAAAUGUUGAAGUGAGCAUGUGUGAUUGGACAUUAGGUAUGAUAAAUUCUGUUUUUUCUCAUUCCACUUUGAAAAAUUGUUUUUUGAAUGAAAGAGAUUUUUCAUAUUUGAAACAUCUGUACCAAGUUUUAUAUCCAAAUGUGUUAAUUGAAAACAUUGAAGUGUGUAAUACUUUUCGUUCCACUGAAAGUAUCAAUGUAUUUGGAAAUAUUAUUGGGACCAAGCGAGGUCGAAGCAAUCGAUCCUCUAUGAUAAUUGCACAUUGGUAUGGCAAUAAUGGACAGAUAUCUUCAUUUGAGAACAUGGACCUUAAACCUAGGCCUGGACAAGUUGAGAAAAUAAUUUUGCAUAAUAUUCUUAUUGAAGGAAAAUCACAUGUCCAUUGCCUUGCAAGGGUUAAAUGGUUUUGCAAAGUGAAUGAAACAAUGAAAAAUUAUUUUGGUAAACCAGUUGAAGUUUGGAAGGCCAAUAUGUAUGAAAUUGAAGGCCCUGCUAGUUUUAUUCCCAUUCAGAGAAUAAAAUCCAAAUUUGUUUAUGCUUUUGAGAACUUGCAAGGGAUUAAUACCAUUGUUGUUAUACCACGUGAAAGGUUUUUGUAAUUAAAAUUAAAUAUGCUAUGCAAAAGAAGACUUUCUUGAAUGUAUGUGGCAAGCAUAUUCAUUGGAUAUUUUGUUGUUUAGAUUUAUUAGUAUUUCUGGCAUAAAUAAAUGUCUUAUUUCUGCCUAAAAAGGACAUCUUUGUACAUUUUUCUAUGAUUUUUUUUCCUCAAUGCUGCUGGGUAGUUUUUUUAAAUGGUUAUGCAUAUAUAUAUAUUUUUGAGCACUUUUAUUGUUGUUUAUUUUGUAAAGAUAAACAGAAGCCGGACACAUAAGACUACAUAUUUACAAACACACAUUGAUCACUUCAGUCCAUACACAACAAAAACUUGUGAAGUCGGGCACAUACAGCACGUGUGAAGCCGGACACAUAAGACUACAUAUUUACAAACACACAUUGAACACUUCAGUCCAUACACAACAAAAACUUGUGAAGUCGGGCACAUACAGCACGUGUGAAGCGGACACAUAAGACUACAUAUUUACAAACACACAUUGAUCACUUUAGUCCAUACACAACAAAAACUUGUGAAGUCGGGCACAUACAGCACGUGUGAAGCCGGACACAUAAGACUACAUAUUUACAAACACACAUUGAACACUUCAGUCCAUACACAACAAAAACUUGUGAAGUCGGGCACAUACAGCACGUGUGAAGCCGGACACAUAAGACUACAUAUUUACAAACACACAUUGAACACUUCAGUCCAUACACAACAAAAACUUGUGAAGUCGGGCACAUACAGCACGUGUGAAGCCGGACACAUAAGACUACAUAUUUACAAACACACAUUGAUCACUUCAGUCCAUACACAACAAAAACUUGUGAAGUCGGGCACAUACAGCACGUGUGAAGCCGGACACAUAAGACAACAUAUUUACAAACACACAUUGAACACUUCAGUUUAUGCACAACAAAAACUUGUGAAGUCGGGCACAUACAGCACGUGUGAAGCCGGACACAUAAGACAACAUAUUUACAAACACACAUUGAACACUUCAGUUUAUGCACAACUUUAAAAUUUUUUGUUCAGUAAACACAAUUCAGCAAGGGCCAUGAUAAAGUAGCAGAAUAUAAUUUUUCAAAUAUAUUAGUUUUUAUAUUUUGUAAUUA